GGAAUCCUAACUACGAUGGCUUUGAAGCCAAAGCUAUAUAUAAAACAACCCCUUUGUUCCCAAGGAGUCUCAAGCGAGACUGCUGACAUAUAUCAUCCAUCACGGGCGCACCUAGCAGGAAGUCUGUAAAAGGUCGAAUUCAUUCUUACAUUCGGGCGAAUAAAUAAAGCGUACCUUACUCGAGAACUUAAUUACCCUUUUGAAAGACCCGAACUCCUCUAUUGAGCGCAGCAUCGAACCACAUACCUAUACGAAGUUACAAGUUUGUAAUGAACGUAACAGUCCAUUACUAGACUAUCAGUGUUGUUUACGAUGAUGACCUGUCACCUAGUCGCUUUUCAGCUAAGGCAUAUCCUUAGGCUUACUUUUACAAGACUUCUGGGGUAGGAUUUGCAUAUACCCAGCCAGUACAGCCAAUCCCCGCCCUUAUAGAAGUGCGUCGUGGCGAAGCCGCCUAUAUACCUAAUGCAAUGCAAAAAAUCACUUAUCAAGUCUCUAUUUGUCUUUCAUGGCAUAUAACUUCUAUUCCCCAUAUGCAUGUGUUCAGAUGUGAAGGAUAGUAAGGAUUCCUGGCUGGUGGAUUUGACUUCGACUAGAUACCUCCUUUGCCUCAAUCCUAAGAUACCUAGAUUAACCUCAGUUAGGCGUCGACAUGUGGCUCAUUAACACCACCACGAUGCGGCUCGAGAACUUCGGAGGAUAUGAGCCGCCUUUCGCUAUCCUGUCUCAUACCUGGGGCGAGGAUGAGGUCACGUUCCAAAUGUAUUCCGGUGGGGAGGCCGAGUCCAGGAAAGGGUAUCGAAAGAUUGAGUUCUUGUGUCGCCAAGCGAAUAAAGACGGGCUGCAGUAUGCUUGGAUAGAUACUGUCUGCAUGGACAAAACCAGCAGCGCGGAACUCACCGAGUCUAUCAACUCCAUGUAUCGCUGGUACAAGGACAGCGUAGUCUGCUACGUUUACAUGGAAGACGUGCCCUGGGAAUGCCCACCUCUGACCGGAAAGGGUGACCUGGAAAACGACGCGGACCUACAACCCUGGAUAGGUGCUUUCAAGAACGCAAGAUGGUUCACAAGGGGCUGGACGCUCCAAGAAUUAAUCGCGCCACGGGAGAUCCGAUUCUACGGGCAGGGUUGGAACUUCCUGGGGACGAGAGAGGGCGCCUUGCUGAAGCUGAUAUGCCAGAUCACGAACAUAGACGCUACCGUGCUGAAGGGCCUGCGGAGACCUUCGGCUCUCAGUGUAGCGACUCGAAUGUCGUGGGCGGCAAACCGCCACACCACCCGGCUUGAGGACGAGGCUUACUGUUUGCUUGGGAUAUUCGAGGUCAAUAUGCCAAUGCUGUACGGCGAAGGUCGGAAUGCGUUCCGACGCUUACAAGAGGAGAUCAUUAAAACUCACUGGGACCACUCGAUAUUCGCAUGGGACCUCGAAAAGGCAGAUUCGCUGUUGGCGCCGUCUGUGUCUGCUUUCUCGAAGAGCGGCAAUAUUACCAGCUCCGUAGGCGAAAAUGUACCGGACGCAUACGAACUCACCAAUAGGGGGCUGCGUAUCUCCUUUCCUAUUAUCGAAACCCAUAGAGAAGGCACGCUGGGGGUGCUAAGCUGUCAAUCUCAGGGGGCUCUGGUCGCCCUUAGAUUGACGGCAACCUCGCAGUCAUCUAUAGGGGAGGACGUGUUCUACGUAAGUAAGGAGGCGAGAGUACCGCCCUACCGUUUUCGAUUUGUGGACGCCGGGGAUGUCUUGAGUGCGCAGACACGGAGCGUAAUGGUGCUGCUCACCUCGGGCAACUUUCAAGGACCAACGGGGCCAUCAAACCGUCUCUGGGUUCGCUAUUACAAUCAAGUCCACGCUCAAAGCCUCAAACAAACCGGCGUAAUCCCAGAAGAACGGUGGAAACGACAUGCUAGCGGCAUACCGCAGCCGAGGGGCUCGGCUAUGGCAGUAUACGAAUAUAUCCCACGGCAGGGCUUAAACACGGGAGCGGUUGAGGUGACAGACGUUCUGUGUGGCAAACGGGUAGUUGCUGUGUUUGCCUUUAAUCCGCGAAACUUUCUGCUGACCCCUCUGAUGGAAGUCCACGAGGACAUUCUCGACAAAGAGAGCAUACUUGCAUGCGAGCGUGCGGAGCAGCUUUUUGCAGCUCGACUACAGGACCGCAUUUGGUCUGGCGACAGGUUCAUGCCAGCGGCCAAAACAGUCAAGCUCGACCGCGAUCAGCGGGUUGACUUCGCGUUGCGGAAGGAGAGCGUGUUGAACGAUAUGGACUUGGUGCUCACGAUAACGUUGCGGUACAGCUUUCUCGGUAGACUUAAAUUCCUACUACUCGGGCUACACUUGACUUAUAUACUACCGGCUCUCUCUAGGUGGACCUGCAUCUUAGCAAUGUGGAAUGUGUGCUUUGCACUCCUGGGGAAGCUAGGCCUGUGCCCGCUGGAUUGGAGUUACUGGACGACGCCCGACUCGAAUCUUCUAACACGAGUAACGGACUAUUUAGCUCUUGAGGAACACUAGGGGCGUGUGAAACUUAGUACCUAAAUACCUUAAUUAUAGGUUUCUCCUAGUUAUUGUUAUCAG